AGAUUAAAAGUUUGGACGACAUCUGCCUUCAAGGUGACGGAUCUCUUGCCCAGCUUGAAGAAACUUCGGGGCUUCUGCCGGAACAUGGUUGCCUCCUCCUUUCCCCAGCAAAAUUCUGGCAGAACGACCAGGAACAUUUUGGCGCCGACCCCGAUAUUAUUAAAACCAUCCACCAGCACGAACCCAAAACUCUGCAGACGUCGGCCACCCCAAAGGAUCUCCUGUUUGGUGUCCCGGGAAAGUACAGUGGGUGAGUCUCUACAACCGAAGCGAGUGGUCAUCUAUGCCAUCACUUUGGGUCUUCGUCACUAUGACGCCAGGUUCCUCUCCAGCCUCCGUUCGCGGCUCAAGCUGCUCCACCCCAGCGCCAACAGUAGCCUUCGGGAAGACCAGAUGGUCCAUGUCCAUUUCAAGGAAGAAAUCGGUGUCGCCGAACAUCCUCUCGUUACCACCUACGUCAUCCUCUUUGCUUACAUCUACUUCUCCACCCGAAAGAUCGACAUGGUGAAAUCCAAGUGGGGCCUGGCUUUGGCAGCUGUUGUGACAGUGCUCAGCUCCCUCCUGAUGUCCGUUGGGCUGUGCACGUUGUUCGGCCUCACGCCGACGCUCAACGGAGGGGAGAUUUUCCCGUACCUGGUGGUUGUGAUCGGCAUCGAGAACGUGCUGGUUCUCAAAUCAGUCGUCUCCACACCAGUUGACCUGGAAGUGAAACUGCGCAUCGCACAAGGUUUGAGCAACGAGAGCUGGUCCAUCAUGAAGAACAUGGGCACCGAGUUGGGGAUCAUCCUGAUUGGCUAUUUCACCUUUGUCCCGGCCAUCCAGGAAUUCUGCCUUUUCGCUGUGGUGGGCCUGGUCUCCGACUUCUUCCUCCAGAUGUUCUUCUUCACCACCGUCCUCUCCAUCGAUAUCCGUCGGAUGGAGCUGGCCGAUCUCAACAAGCGUCCCCCCGCCGAAGCCUGCCUCCCGCUCCCCAAGCCCAGCUCCCGCUGCCCGCGUUACGAGCGCCAGCCAGCCAUGCGCCCGGCUACUAUGCACACCAUCAACCUCCAGACCUCCUCCCUCCGCAACCUCCGUCUCCCUAAGCGGCUGAGGGUGGUGUAUUUCUUCGCCCGGACACGACUGGCCCAAAGGAUCAUCAUGACCGGGACGGUGGUCUGGAUUGGCAUCUUGGUUUAUACCGAUCCGGCGGGUGUCCGCCUCUACCUGGCUUCCCACGUCACGGAGCAGAGUCCCCUGGGCGAAGCAGGGCUGCCGGUUCUGCCCGUCCCCGGGGAGGUCCUUCCCACAAGGGACGCCCAGUUGUCCCUCUCGGUCUUCUCGGCCGAUCCCGCGCAGCCCCCGCCACCACAGCUCUCGGAGAACCAGACGGGGGAGUCCUCGCGCCACCAAGAGGCGGAGCGCCACGCCGAGGAACCGCUGAACGCCAGGAGCAAGGGGCACGCGGAGGUGGGCUCCAAGGCCGAAGUGACUUGGGGCUCAGAGGAUGAAGAACUUUGGAGGAAGCUCUCCUUCCGCCACUGGCCCUCGCUCUUCAGCUACUACAACAUCACCCUGGCCAAACGGUACAUUAGCAUCCUUCCGGUCAUCCCUGUCACCCUCUACCUGGACCCCCAAGAGGCCUUGGAGGCGCGCCAUCCCCACGAAGCCAACCGGUACCAGUCCUCCUUCUCAUUGGGCGUCGUGAAAGAAGAGCAGGCAGACCGGCUGUCAGAAGAGAAGCCCAAAGGACACAGCCCGCGAGACGUCACCCUCUAUAAGGUGGCUGCCCUUGGUCUGGCGUCCGGCAUCCUUUUGGUCCUCCUCCUCUUUUGUCUCUACAAAGUCUUGUGCCCCAAGAAUUACGGACAAAACGGGCUUUCCCACAGUCGGCGGCGAAGAGGGGACCUCCCUUGCGACGACUACGGAUACUCACCUCCUGAGACGGAGAUCAUCCCCCUGGUCCUCCGAGGCCACCUCAUGGACAUCGAAUGCUUGGCUAGCGAUGGGAUGCUGCUGGUCAGUUGUUGCCUGGUGGGCCAGAUCCGGGUGUGGGAUGCACAGACGGGUGACUGCCUUACGGUCAUUCCUAAGCAAGGCCUGCCCCGGGACAACAAUAGCGGCAGCGUCCUUGAGUCCCAGGACUGCUGGGAUUACAGCCCAGAUGGCCGCAGCGGUGGGCCAGAAGACCCUUGGGAUGGAAGCCCCCCCCUCCGCCGGACCCGAAGCCCCCAGCCGCCUCUCCUCUUCAGCAACCAACCCGACCUCUCUUCUCUGAUCGAUACCAAUUUUUCGGAGCACACCAAGAGUGGGACCCCGGGGCCCCGUCUGCGCACCCUCAGCGGGCGCCCGGAUGGCUAUGACUUCGGCAGCCUGGUGGGGAGGGUCUGCGAGGAGGGACCCCCGAACUGUACGACUGUCGCUAAGAAGGGCGGCUCCCAGAGCAAGGGAGCGUGGCCCCAAAUUGGCGAGGAUCCCGAAUGCAUCUCGCAACGGAGCAGCUUGGGGGGCGAUGAGCCUUUCGGGGUCCCAGGGAAGACCAGCCCCCUAAUUCCCUGGCAGGGAGAUUUGGACAGCUCGGUCUGGAGUUUGGAACUUCAAGGGAAUCUCAUUCUGGCCGGCCGGAGCAAUGGGAGGCUGGAGGUCUGGGAUGCCAUUGAGGGGACCCUUCAGUGCAGCAGUGAAGACGGGACAUCUGGCAUCACUUCUCUGGUCUUCUUGAGUGACAGGAUCGUAGCUGCCAGGCUGAACGGAUCCCUCGAUUUUUAUUCCCUGAGGAACACGCCGUGCAUGCCCCACUCUCCCUUCCAGGCCAUCCCAGGCCGCAACAGCCUCUCGUCCCCGCCGGUAUACAGCUCCAGCGACCUCCUCACUUGCCAGCUGACCCACACCGUAACCUGCGCUCACCAAAAACCCAUUACUGCCCUGAAGGCUGCGGCUGGCCGGUUGGUGACCGGCAGCCAGGAUCACACGCUCCGAGUAUAUCGCUUAGAAGACUCCUGUUGUCUCUUCACCCUACAAGGUCACUCAGGCGCCAUCACCGCCGUCUACAUAGACCAGACCAUGGUGCUGGCGAGUGGGGGCCAGGACGGCGCCAUCUGUCUCUGGGACGUGCUGACGGGCAGCCGAGUGAGCCACAUCUGCGCGCACCGGGGUGAUGUCACGUCCCUGACCUGCACCACCUCGUGUGUCAUCAGCAGCGGCCUGGAUGACGUCAUCAGCAUCUGGGACCGGGCAUCGGGGAUCAAGCAUUAUUCCAUUCAGCAGGACAUGGGCUGUGGGGCCAGCCUGGGCGUGAUCUCAGAUAAUCUGUUGGUCACUGGCGGUCAGGGCUGCGUCUCUUUCUGGGACAUUGGCUACGGAGACCUGCUGCAGACUGUAUACCUGGGCAAGAGCAACGAAUCGCAGCCGGCCCGGCAGAUCCUGGUGCUGGAGAACGCGGCCAUCGUCUGCAACUUCGGCAGCGAACUCAACCUGGUUUAUGUACCGUCGGUGAUUGAGAAGCGAGACUGAAAGGGGAGGGAGAGCAGAUGAGGAGAACCCAGAAACCCCUACCUGUCCCAUCCCUUUCAACCGCUUCGGGAAGCCCGGUGGCGGAGGGAGGAUGAUUGGCAGGCUUUCCUGUCCAGUAGAAGAAUGGGAAGGAGGCCAGUGUUGAAUCUUCCAGUUGUCUGGGUUUGUGGGCAAGGUGCGGCAAGAGGCCGGGGCCGCCAUUCUGGAAGGGCUGCGGCGGGUGGACCACCGGGGAACAAUUGGAAAGCCAGACAGGGUAGUUUUCCACAAUCCUGCGGCAGCGGUGUUUCCUUCGUGGUCAAUUUGGGGCGGGUGCUGAAUCUGGCCACGCAGGAGUCCUCAAACGAAUCAGCUGGGAGCAAGGAACGGGAGGACUUCCCCAGUGCCCUCUUAGCGCCCGCACCCCCGCCCUUUGUCUCCCGAGCCACUUCAUUGGGAGUGCUUGGAAGUCUUCAGAAAGAGGUUACGAAACGAGCUGGAUCAAUUCAACCCCCUCAAAGGCCUCGGCAAGUGAGCUGCAGCAGGCGUGAAAAAGUGGGUGCCGUUACUCCUUCUCGUAUUUAUUUCUGCUGUACAUAGUUAUUUAUUCCAGCACGUGAGGGGGAAGAGAAGGGGAAGAGAUGCUGCCCACCGUAAGCCGAGAUAUGAAAACUGGCUCACUGGGUGCUGCAAACCGAGGUUAAGGACUAGGGACGGGAUGCCUCCAACUACCCCCUUGCUUUGGCAUUGAACCUGCCCAGCGUGGACUUCAGGGCGGCUUCACAGGCUGUGAGCAUUGCUGUGCCCCGCAUCCCACCCCAGUAAAGAUGGAGAGAGUCCCAACCUUGCCUUCCCAGACCACGAUUCAAUCGAGUCACAACGGUUUUCAGGGAUCCAAUGUCUGCCUUGGACAGACAGUGUUCCCGCAGCGAGCCGAGGCAGUUUAGCAUCAUGUACGUAGAGCAGUGUUUCUCAACCUUGGCCACUUGAAGAUGUCUGGACUUCAACUCCCAGCAUUCGCUGGCUGGGGAAUUCUGGGAGUUGAAGUCGAGACAUCUUCAAGUGGCCAAGGUUGAGGAACACUGAUGUAGAGUUUUGUGUCCUAAACACCCAGUGGUAGUACUGUAAACCUAAGUGGGUGCCACGCUGGGAGAACCAACCGGAAUGGGAAUUUGAGUUGGCGAAGAGAGACGAGUGUUGGGGAAGAACAGUUGGAAUCCAUGGUUCAUUUCUUAAUUUCAAGCCAUUGACGUAGGAAUUAGCUUAUUUAUAGUUUAGGGCCGCUGCUUGUAGGGAGGGGGUGUGCCCGCUCAUGGGCAGCAGGAAACUUGGGGGCUCGCCUGGUGAGGCUGGCUGCCUUGCAUCCAAGGCCGAAUGAGGUAGGGCAGUGAUGGCUGAUCUUUUUGUUGUUGGGUGCCAAAAACGCGAGCGUGCGAUAGCACGCACGCAUGCCGGAACCUAUAAUGCAAAGCCUCCCUUGGUCCCCCCGGAGGCCCUCCAGGAGCAGGAAACAGAUCAUUUACGAACUUCUGUUAGGCCCCAUUUUCGCCCUUCCCAGGCUCCGGAGGCUUUCCGGAAGGCCGAAAAUCAGCUGGCCAGCACGCACACGUGUGCUGGAGCCGAUGGCUCGUGUGCUGGCAGAUAUGGCUCCGUGUGCCACCUGUGGCACGCGUGCCAUAGAUUCGCUAUCACAGGGGUAGGGCUGGACCGUUCCCCGGUGUUUUUAACCAUAGCCAUUUCUUGACAUGUGGACUUCUCACAGCUACUCAGGGUACAGGCGGUCCUCGAGUUAUGGCCACAACAGCCUGCCUACGAUAGCUGUAAAACGGGCCAGUCUGCUCGCAGCAUCCCACAAUCGUAUGACCGAUUUGCGACAUUUUUGUCAGCGGUUGUUGAAACACCGCAAAAUUCAUGUGAACCCAUUGUUCACAGCACAAUUAUGCCGAAAGAUGGAAGUGGUUCCUAUGGACAAGAGGGUCAUAAAUUGUGGUCAGGUGAACCACGGGGGAUGGGUUCCUAGGAGGCUGCAAAGAUGGCCGUGGGUCCAAGUGUGGUCACGUGACCACAGUGGGUUUGCUGACCAUCAGAAAUUCAAAUCCAGCUUGCAAGUCCCUGUUUUGUUUUUAAUUUUUUAAAGUCGUAAUUUUUUAUGGUUGCUAAGUAAAUUUUAUUCUGAAUGAAGGCCGUGCAUCUCAAAGUAGGGAAGGCCAAGGAAGGCAGUGCAAAGCAAGACAGACCGAGCCCCUCUUCCCUGCCCUCCCACAUCCCCCCCCUCCUGGAUUGGGGUCCAGUGCCCAUACGAUGCCUCCAGUGGCCUUAGCUCUGCUGUACCCUUUCGACUGUACGGUGGAUGCUUUUAUACGCGAUUGUGUUUUGUAAUGUGUAAAGGCACAUUAAAGAGAACUAACUUCA